AAUGUGAGCAUGAAAAAUAGGGAGGGCGGUGCUUCUGAUAAGCAAUUGUAUGGUGAGAUGCAGUCGGAUGAAUUACACAGCGGUUUGCAGUUUGGGAAUACAAAGGAGCGGAAAUUCGAGAUGUUGAAGGUUCUGUGUCUGUCUGUCCUGGCUCUGGCCUCGGCACUCCAAUGCCCUGAUGGAGGGACGUGCGCUGAUGACAAUACCUGCUGCAAGACCCCGAGUGGUGGAUACGGCUGCUGCCCUCUCCCGAAUGCUGUUUGCUGCUCAGACCACUUGCACUGCUGUUUUGAAGGCACGAUCUGUGACCUUGUCCAUUCAAAAUGCCUCAAUGGAACUGCUGCUUUACCCUGGCUGGAGAAAGUUCCAGUGUCCAGGCCAGAGCAUCCCCAGGUAAAUGGAAAGGGUGUCCGUUCUUCCCCCAUGGUUCAGGCAGGCUCUCUGAAUGGCAUUUCUGAGACUGUAUGCCCAGACAGCUCUCCAUGCCCCUCUGAAUACGCCUGCCUGCUCACCCCCACUGGAGUGUAUGGCUGUUGCCCCCUUCCUCGGGGGCUGUCAUGUGCUGAUGGGAAACACUGUUGUCCAGAGGGCUAUGAAUGCAGCGAUGAUGGAAGCGCUUGCAAUCGACAUGCAGGGGUCUCGAUUGUUAGCGCAGUGAUUUGUCCGGAUGAGGAAUCGGAGUGUCCUGAUGAGACGACCUGCUGUCAGCUGCCAGAUGGGUCCUGGGGCUGCUGUCCAAUGGUGAAGGCUGUGUGCUGUGAUGAUAAAGUGCACUGCUGUCCUGAGGGCACCAGGUGUGACAUUGCCCACUCCAAGUGUGUGUCGCAUGAGAGAGAGACCCCCAUGUGGGGCAAACUGCCUGCAAGAAAGAGGGCGGACUGGGAGAACGAUAAAGUGACGAAGGCAGAAUCUGUUGCUUGUCCAGAUGGGAAGAGCCAGUGCCCAGAUGGUACCACCUGCUGUCGAAUGCCAAGUGGCCAGUACGGCUGCUGCCCAAUACCCAAUGCUGUAUGCUGUACAGACCAUGAACACUGCUGUCCUGCCGCCAGCACAUGUGACCUGAAACAUGACACGUGUACGUCUGCAAACGGAAAAACCCCGCUGCUUAAAAAGUUCCCCGCAAUCGUAAGAGAUGCCAGUGGUGUGCAGUGCGAUGACACAAGUGCGUGUGCUGAUGGCUCUACCUGCUGCAUGACGCGUGAUGGAGGCUGGGCCUGCUGUCCUUUACCGAAGGCUGAGUGCUGCAAUGACUCAAUCCACUGCUGCCCCAAUGGCUACACCUGUAACGUACCAGCAGCUUCUUGUCAAAAGGGGGCGCUGUCUUUUUCUUGGGUCUCGAGGAUUCCAGUAAUGAAGGCGAGCAGAACAGGAGAGGGAGACGUCAAGUGUGAUGACAUCACAUCCUGUACCGACGGCACUACUUGCUGCAGGAACGAGGACUGGGGCUGGGGGUGCUGCCCCUACCCCAAGGCUGUUUGCUGUGGUGACCACGAGCAUUGCUGUCCAGAGGGCACCACCUGUGACCUUGCCGCUGGCACCUGUAACCAGGGUGGAUUCUCUGUGCCAUGGCUGGAGAAGAUUCCUGUCCACACAAGCGAGCCCAACGAAGAGAAGUGUGACGACCAGACCAGCUGCCCCGAUGGGAGCACUUGCUGUAAACUGAGCACUGGAGACUGGGUCUGCUGUCCACUGCCACGCGCUGUGUGCUGUGCAGACCGCGAACACUGCUGCCCCGAGGGAACCACGUGUGAUACCGAACACAAGAAGUGUGUGUCUGCAGAGGGGGAAACCACGAUGAGCAAGAAGUUUCCAGCUGUGAGGAAAAACUCCAACACUAAAGCAGGUGAUGUGGAGUGUGACGACAGAACCGCAUGUCCUGAUGGGACUACCUGCUGCAAGACUGCCAGUGGAAGCUGGACCUGCUGUCCUUUACUUAAGGCUGUUUGCUGUGGUGACCACAAGCAUUGCUGUCCAGAGGGCACCGUCUGUGACCUUGCCGCUGGCACCUGUGACCAGGGUGGAUUCUCUGUGCCCUGGCUAGAGAAGAUUCCUGUCCGCACAAGCGAGCCCAACGAAGAGAAGUGUGACGACCAGACCAGCUGCCCCGAUGGGAGCACCUGCUGUAAACUGAGUACUGGAGACUGGGCCUGCUGUCCACUGCCACGUGCUGUAUGCUGCGAUGAUCACGAACACUGUUGCCCUAAAGGGUACGAGUGUGAUGUUGAACAGCAGACCUGUGUCAAGCAAGGCCUAAGCAUCCCCUGGGUGACAAAGAGACCCCCGAUGAAGCUGCUGUCUGCAGCCGGAGCCCAUGCAGACAAGAACAUGUGUGACGAGCAUACCUGCCCUAAGGAAAUGACAUGCUGCGAGAUGGGAACAGGGAAGUGGGGCUGCUGCCCUCUACCGGACGCUGUGUGUUGCCAGGAUGGAUCUCACUGCUGCCCCUCGGGCUACACCUGUGACGUCACACAAAGAUACUGUCAGAAAGGGGGCCACACGGUGCCUUGGUUCAGUAAGGUAGCUGCUUUUCAGAACCCCCUGUCUCUCUUGGAUGUGAAGUGUGACCCACAGAUGAGCUGCGCUGCUGGAUCAACCUGCUGCAAACUGCCCACUGGCAAGUGGGGCUGCUGCCCACUGAUCAAGGCAGUGUGCUGUGAAGACCAGGAGCACUGCUGUCCCCAGGGUUACCAGUGCAACAUGAAGACCAGCACCUGUGAAAGACAGAGCCCGGUCCUCCCCUGGGUCUUUCAGAAAGCUCCUCUCUACAGCCUGUCUGCUGCCACUCCUGACUCCAGGGGCAAUGACAAGUGUGAUGAUCAGCACUACUGCUCAGGCCAGCAAACCUGCUGCAAGACUGCUGCUGGAACCUGGGGCUGCUGCCCCUACAGCCAGGGUGUCUGCUGUGAUGAUCUUCAGCACUGCUGUCCCGAUCGCUACACCUGUGAUGGGUCUGGUGGAAAGUGUGUUCAGAGGAAUGGCCCGAGCUGGGAUGUGUUAUUCUCUGCAGUUUAACACCUUGUAAUAAAGCCGUAAGCCAUGCACGCCACAUCCCUCCGAAUUGGCAGCUGACAAAAAAAAAAAAAAAACACUAAACUAUUUGGAUUUCUAGUGUGAAUUCACGAGUGGGGUAUUUUCUUUACUGCUGUGAUUGCAUUGGUUAGCUUUGUUUUUGUGUUUUGUUGAACAAAGCUUUGGUGAUAGUGUAUUUGAAAAGUCACCCCUGUUCCAAUUGCAUUGCAGUUUUUCCACUUAUUUUUAAUUGGGUCAUUUAAUUACAUUUGUCUAUUGCAGUACAGCUGUACCAUUUGAAAUACAGCCCUAUUCACAAAACUGUAACUCUAUUAGUUAUUUAAAAAAUGCUCUGUUUUUAAUUAUGCUUUGUGAAAUACUAGUAUUUUAGUGAACUUGACUUUCAGUGGUACAGCUGUUUCAGAUAUACAAAUACUUUGAAUUGCUGUCGCUAUAAUGGCAUUGUUCUGUGUUUGAUUUCAGGGGCAUCCCUGUCUUCUGUUCAGUACCUAAAGAUAACUGGAAUGUUUCCUGUUGAUGCUGAAGUUUAAGUGUUUAAUCCUAAUAAAUUGCAUUUUUUAUAUUAAACAAAAAUGAUAAAGGAGCUGACCAACCUGAUUUAAUUGAAAUAAAGAAUAUUUUGUCAAUCUUAA